CCCUACCCCCUCCUUCGCCUUCGUCUCCGUCUUUUUCGUCUUCGGCCUCCCUCUUUUUUCUUGGCGAGCGCUUGCGUUCGACGAGCCCGCCCACCGCUACUUGUUUGCUGCCAGACAGCGACUCGACGCCCAGCGUAGACCGCUAUCAUUCGUUUUCACUUCACGCCUCUUUCCGAUCCCAAGGACUCGACUAGUACACUUCCUCCCAUUUACUACCACUGUCUUUCAUAAUGGCUGCUACCCUUGCAAUCGGUCUCUCGCUUGUCGGCGCUGCCGCCGCACAGAUGGUGAACGGCUUCUCCUCCGUUCCCAUGAUGUCUGCUCCUGCCUCGACUUCAGCAGCUGCCAGUGCCUCCUCAUCUGCGGCAGCCUACGGAUCAUCCUCCGCCGACUCCUAUGGAUCGUAUGGAUCAUCCUCUGCAGCAGCCUACGGUUCCUCCUCGCAACCCGCUUACACCGGGUCCGCAUCGUCAUCUGCGGCUGCUUCCAUGUACACCUCCCCUCCCGCUUCCUCCUCGUCCAUGGACGUCUAUUCCAUGAUGCCGUACUCUUCCUUCAUGUCUGGCGGUUACAAGAGCCUCAGCUGUGGGUAUGGCUACCAGAAGAUGGGUGAUGGCUCCUGCCAGCCCAUGUCCUGGUGGUCGGCGUCUGGAUGCUACGAGACGAUCAUCAUCAACAACAGUGGAGGGAGCUGUGGUGGCGGCGGGUAUGGUUACGGCGGCGGUAGCACUGUCACCGUGACCAUGACCGAAGCAGUGACCAAGACUAUGGCGGUUACGCAAACGCAAGUCCAAACGCAAGUUCAGACCCAGGUUCAAACGCAGACCAUGACCAAGACGAUGACCGAGACAAUGACCGUACCCACCACCGUGACCAUGACCCAAACCAUGGAACACACUCAAACCCAGGUCCAGACGAAGACGGACACCGCGUCGGUAACAAAAACUGAGAUCAUGACCUCCACUGAGCUCGUCCCCACGACGCGUGUCUGGGUUUCCACUGAAAUCAUCGACAAGACCAAGACGCAGGAGCAUACCCUGACCGCCACGGAAACCAAGACGCAGGUCAACGUUUAUACCCAGACCAACACUAAGACGGACACUGCGACGCAGACCGUCAAGCAGACCGAGACUGACUUCGUCACCAAGACCGAGCUCAAGACGAUUGUGCAGCCCACGACGUACACCAGCGUCUGGGUCAGCACGAAGGUCAUCGAUAACACCAAGACUGUCGAGGAGACUCAGACCGCCACUGUGACCGAUAAGAUGACGCUCGUGUCCACUCAAGUCUCGACGGCUACUGCUACGGCCACCAAGACCGAGACUGAUAAGAUGACUGUUACCGAGCUCAAGACGAUGGUGCAGCCCACCACCAUCACUUCAGUCUGGAAGCAGACGGUCACUAUGGAUGAGACUAUGACUCAAGUCAACACUAUCACGUCCACGCUGGUGAAGGACAUGACGUUCACUCAGACCCAGACGUACCUGUCCACCGCGACGCAGACUCAGACCGCCACCCAGACUGAGACUGCGACUGCUACCCAGACGGUCCAGGAGACCCAGCUCGCCUCUUGCUUGCAAUCGUGCAAGAGCAGCUACACGAUGACGAUGGGUAACAGCGGUGGCUACACGUACGCGACCACGUCCACCAUCACUCCCUCCUCCAGCAUGGCCAUGGCGACCCAGGGCUGCUCCGGCGGCUCGUGCGGACAGGCGAGCUCUUCAUCUGCCAUGGGCUGCUCUGGCGGCUCGUGCGGUGAAGCCAGCUCCUCCGCCAUGGGCUGCUCCGGCGGCUCGUGCAGUCAGGCGACCUCGUCUGCCAACAGCUGCUCCGGCGGCUCUUGCGGUGAUGCCAAGUCCACCGCGUCUUCUGCGAUGGCCAGCUCGACGUCCGCUAGCUCGUACGGCGGAUGCUCGUCUGGCAACUGUUAAUAACCGGACGUUCCACUCUGCUCUGGACUUGCUUUGAUUUAUCGGGUCUUCGGGUCCUGUUCUGACAUCGGACAUCUUCAUGGGUGCAUAGUUUGCUUUGGCUCGGACGGACCUGUUCUUUUAGGUUAAGCAUACCUCGAGGCUGGCAGUGCGUAGUAUUUUGAUUCUUGAAGAUAGUUGUACUGUUGCUCCUCCUUAAUUCGCUAUAGGAGUGUAGUGUUUUUUGCUUCGCCCGCGGACGGUUUAGGGGGGUCUACGCCUGCCGUAAUUACUAACGCUUCCCUUUCCUAUCUUUGUACAAAUCAUGCCCCUCGAGCCCGUGGAGGCCGGGGAGGCGUGGCAAUGGAUGACACCUCGUUGCCAUCUAAUCUUAGCGACGCGAAGACUGGAAGACCCUG